AUGGAAAACUCCACUUGCUUUGUAAACCUUUUAGCUAGCCAAGGGUGUGUUGAGCUUGACUCAUCGGAACCCCUUUGCUUUAACAGCCAAUGUUCCGAUGAGUCUACUGUCAAAGAGAGGAAGAAAUGGACACCAAAGGAGGAUAUAAUCCUCAUUGGUGCUUGGCUCAACACCAGCAAAGACCCUAUAGUCGGGAAUGAACAAAAAGCUGGUAAGUUCUGGCAGAGGAUUGUACAGUACUACAACUGCAGUCCUCAGCUGGUUGGGACAAUCCCAAGAGAACUUGGGCAAUGCAAGCAAAGAUGGGCUAGGAUCAAUGAUUUGGUGUGUAAAUUUUCGGGCUGCUACGAGAUGGCAUUGAGGGAGCAGAGGAGCGGGUAA